AUGGUGAAGAUAAUAGGAGUUCCUGAAGAUGCCAUCUGCCUCAACCUGUUCUCCUUCUCCUUGGCUGGUGAAGCAAAAAGAUGGCUACACUCGUUCAAGGGAAACAACUUGCGAACAUGGGAAGAGGUAGUGGAGAAAUUUUUGAAGAAAUAUUUUCUAGAGUCCAAGACCAUUGAGGGAAGGGUAGAGAUCUUUUCAUUCCACCAAUUCCAUGAUGAAUCACUAAGUGAAGCUCUUGACCACUUCCAUGGUUUACUCCGGAAGACUCUCACCCACGGGUUCAGCGAGCCGAUUCAACUCAAUAUCUUAAUUGAUGGCUUGCGACCCCAUUCGAAGCAGUUACUUGAUGCCUUCGCUGGUGGGAAGAUCAAAUUGAAGACACCCGAUGAAGCUAUGGAGUUAAUUGAAAAUAUGGCAGCUAGUGACCAUGUCAUCCUUCGUGAUCGAGCCUACAUAUCUACAAAGAAGAGUCUUCUUGAGCUCACAUCACAAGACGCACUACUAGUCCAAAACAAUCUCCUAGCCAAGCAAAUAGAGACCUUCAUAGAGACGCUGGGCAAGCUUCCUCAACAAUUGCAUGCAGUGCAACCUGCCCAUUCUUCAAUCAUGCAAAUUGGGGGAUGCCAAAGCUGGAGAUCUCAUCCUGGGAACAACUUCAACAACAAUCAAGGUGGCCCAUCCAUCCAACCUUCCAAUCAAGGGCCCGAUUUAUAUGAGAAAACCACCAAGCUAGAAGACACUUUGAAUCAGUUUAUGCAAGUUUCUCUGUCAAAUCACAAGAGUACUGAGUCUGCCAUCAGGAAUCUAGAGGUACAAGUGGGCCAAUUAGCUAAGCAAUUGGCUAAAAUGUCUAUGGACAAUUUUGGGGCCAACACGGAGAAGAAUCCCAAGGAAGAAAGCAAGGCAGUUCUUAUUAGAAGCCAAAUGAGGGAGAAUGUUGAGAGAGAAAAGAGAGAUGAGGGAGCAAUGGAGGAUAUGAGCACUGAGGAAUAA